AUGGCACCACCCAACCCCACCUACAGCCAGAACGUCCAGCAACUAAAGAGCAAAAUCCUGCAGGCUGCCAAGCAGCAUUCCCAGCGCGGCAUUUUGAAGCUCUCGACCCUGAAAGAUCGUAUUGGUGACCUGUGGAAUGCUUUGCGGCAUGAAAACUUUGUUUUCAGCUUCAAGAAUUCCCUGGAGAUUGCUGCAUACAGGAAUCUGGAAAGUGCCUUUAGUGACUGGACCUGGAGGCUGAGGAGUCACUUCUUAGAUGUAGAGAUGAGACUGAACAACAAAAUUCAGAAUGGAGACCUGCAGAAUGUCUCCAGAGAACACCUUGAAGAGCUGGUGCAAGAGACAAGUGAUGCCAUUGAGAAAGAAGUGGAAAAGUAUUUCAGGGAAGAGAAAGACCGUGAGACACUGGUCCAGUGGAAAUCAAGCACAGAGUGGAAGCUGAAAGAACUGAAAGAGACUGUUCUUCAUGAAACUAAAAAGAAAUGUGAGAAUCUUAUUGAGCUACAGAAGGAGCAGAGGAAACUGGAUGCAAGGAAGUUGGAAUAUGAAGCUGAGCUCCUGAGAAGGAGUAGGGAGCUGGCUGUGAGUCUGAAAUGGAAGAGCCUCAGUGACAGAGAGUUGAAGGUCAACUUUAUUCUUGUGUGGAACAGUUGGAUUGCUGAAGUCUCCUGUGCUGCUCCUACACCAGAACAGGUGGAUAUCGAUGCAGAAAUUGAAGAUGUCCUUCUAGAGCACUUUAAGGAGCCAGGUUUCCAUGCACGGAUGAGGUCAUUUCCCAAAAGCAGAAGAUUUUCUUUUGACAUGGAGGAACACAUCGCAGUGAAAAAGUAUUUAGGCAUUUUCUCAGAUCCCUGGAGCAUUUCCAAUGCUGAUGUGACCAACUUUCAGCAGAUCACAGACGACAUCAUAGCACGUGUGAGGGCAAACAUUGCGAAGAAGGAACAGGAGAAACUGGAUUACAGUCGAAAUUUUAUUCAUGAAAUACUCAAUGAAGUACAGAAAGGCGUAGAAUCUAUUCCCAGUAAUGCAAAAUGUACUUUUAACAGAGAAUACAGCAUGGAUUUGUCUCUGUAUCUGUGCAAAAAUGCAGCAGAAAGGUUUAAAGCCAUGCACGAAGCAUUCCAAAAGGCAAAUGACCCAGUUGUGUACCUGCACAGCAAGAGAGAAGAUUUCUUCCAGUGUUUCCUGAUUUCCUGCAAAGGAGCCACUUCAAUCACUACCUUUGUUGUUUUCCUUUGUGACAAGAUUGAACCAGCCCUUCGCCAGGCAGUCUUUGAGAGGACGGCUAAAGACAUUGCUGAGGACAUGAAGAGCAAAUUACCAGACUUCAGGGGCAACAGAGCCAAUCUGGAAGUUUGCAUCCUGAGAUACCUGGCAGAACAAGAAAAUUUUGCGUAUUUCAAGCAGUACCUUAGGUCUCCAAAACAGUUUUUUCAGAGUUACAUUAAGAGACGAGUUAAGAGUCAUUGUUUAGAUGGGAAUAGGAGGCUGGGGAUGUUUUUACAUCGUUCCCUUCAAUCUCUCUAUGAAAACAUCCUGUCAGCUGUUUCUUUAUCUACCCAAAUUGUCAAAGACAGAGAAGACAGAGAAGAUAAAAUCUCUCUCUGGCUGGAUGAAUUUUGCAGGGAACUGACAGAGGUGAUCAACUUGCCCAGAAGUGACCUGAAGGCCAUCGAGCAUCAGGAGGUCACAGACAUUGAGUUCCUGAGCAGUGCCAUGGCAAAAGCUCUUAUUGACCUGACGGACAGGCUCAUGAAAGAAUUGGCUGAUGCUGACAUCAGUGACAGAGAGUUGAAGGUCAACUUUAUUCUUGUGUGGAACAGUUGGAUUGCUGAAGUCUCCCGUGCUGCUCCUACACCAGAACAGGUGGAUAUCGAUGCAGAAAUUGAAGAUGUCCUUCUAGAGCACUUUAAGGAGCCAGGUUUCCAUGCACGGAUCAGGUCAUUUCCCAAAAGCAGAAGAUUUUCUUUUGACAUGGAGGAACACAUCGCAGUGAAAAAGUAUUUAGGCAUUUUCUCAGAUCCCUGGAGCAUUUCCAAUGCUGAUGUGACCAACUUUCAGCAGAUCACAGACGACAUCAUAGCACGUGUGAGGGCAAACAUUGCGAAGAAGGAACAGGAGAAACUGGAUUACAGUCGAAAUUUUAUUCAUGAAAUACUCAAUGAAGUACAGAAAGGCGUAGAAUCUAUUCCCAGUAAUGCAAAAUGUACUUUUAACAGAGAAUACAGCAUGGAUUUGUCUCUGUAUCUGUGCAAAAAUGCAGCAGAAAGGUUUAAAGCCAUGCACGAAGCAUUCCAAAAGGCAAAUGACCCAGUUGUGUACCUGCACAGCAAGAGAGAAGAUUUCUUCCAGUGUUUCCUGAUUUCCUUACAAGGAGCCACUUCAAUCACUACCUUUGUUGUUUUCCUUUGUGACAAGAUUGAACCAGCCCUUCGCCAGGCAGUCUUUGAGAGGACGGCUAAAGACAUUGCUGAGGACAUGAAGAGCAAAUUACCAGACUUCAGGGGCAACAGAGCCAAUCUGGAAGUUUGCAUCCUGAGAUACCUGGCAGAACAAGAAAAUUUUGCGUAUUUCAAGCAGUACCUUAGGUCUCCAAAACAGUUUUUUCAGAGUUACAUUAAGAGACGAGUUAAGAGUCAUUGUUUAGAUGGGAAUAGGAGGCUGGGGAUGGUUUUACAUUCCUCCUUGGAAUCUCUUUAUGAAAACAUCCUGUCAGCCGUUUCUUUAUCAACCCGAAUUGUCAAAGACAGAGAAGACAGAGAAGAUAAAAUCUCUCUUUGGCUGGAUGAAUUUUGCAGGGAACUGGCAGAGGUGAUCAACUUGCCCAGAAGUGACCUGAAGGCCAUCGAGCAUCAGGAGGUCACAGACAUUGAGUUCCUGAGCAGUGCCAUGGCAAAAGCUCUUAUUGACCUGACGGACAGGCUCAUGAAAGAAUUGGCUGAUGCUGACAUGAGCUCAUUUUCAAGGCAGCCUCACACCAUCCUGGCAGAGCAUUUUUCGGGGUGCUGGGAGCAGUGUCCCUUUUGUGGGGCUGUCUGCACAAACACCAUGCGGGAUCACGAUGGAGACCAUCAACCAGUCUUCCAUCGCCCAGAAGCUUUAAAGCAAUUCAGACGGCGGAUGCUUUUGUUUUUCAGGAGGUUCUAUACACAUGAACUGGUCACGGCUACUUGUUCCAACCGUGUUGCAAGCAACUGUGAAUUCAGCACUGGUGAUCACCAAUGGAUCCCUUACAAAACAUACCGUAAAGCUGGACCUCCUUAUUCUACGUGGAACAUUCUUCCUGAUUCAUCCAUGCAGGCGUACUGGAAAUGGUUUGUGUCUCGUUUCAGGACAGAGCUGGAAGCGUUCUGCAAUGGGAAAUUUCAGGGAAGUGGAGUAAUCCCUGAGGCGUGGCAGAGAAUUACCAAGCAGGAAGCACUGUCUGAGCUGGACAGGCUUCAGGCCACAUCCAUGGGAAGGAAGAACCGCAGCGGCUUUGCAGUUUAGUGGAAUUUUGUACCAGGUUCUCCACAAAAUGCAGUUACAAUGACAAUGCUCUCAAACCCAAUGAAGACGAUGGUAUCCAAUUGUUCCCAAAUUUUGUGAAAUAAGGUGCAUUACUGCAGCCGUCACUCAGCAGCUCACUUGCUUCCUGAGAAACCCAGAAUCCUCCUGCCUUUGUGCCAUAAACAGUUCCCUCUGCUUUUUGCUAGAGCCAAACCAAACACCCUCCUUGGGGUCAUCAGCCUCGUGGCCAAUCCUGAGCCCAAGUGCCAGGGCAAAGGGCAAAGGUAACACUCAUGGCACCCCUUGGCUCAGCUGCUGUGAGACAAGAAGGGACAGUGCCCCUGAGGCAGUUUUCCUGUAGGAAAGGGCUGUCCUGCUCAGAGAAAUGGCAUUUACUACCAGUUUUCUCCUCCUCAGCUCACUUUUUUUUAUACUUUUCAGGACCUGAGACAGUGAGGUAUCCUUGAGUUUCAGGCCUAGAGGAAUUGUUUUGUCUGAAUAAAAUGGGAGAAUUGGAGCUGACAGGCCAUGGAGUUUUAGAAUUUUACCAUAAAACAUUAUAGGAUCAAAAAAAAGUUAAAAACUAAAUACCAUGACCAGUCCCUUCUCCAGACUCACCUUAAAGCUACAGGAACCAUUUUUGGGCAGAAAGGAGAAAAUAAGAGAAUAGAGUAUCAUCAUAAAAUCCUUCCUACAUCCUGUACACUGAUCUUUUUCUAGUGGUCAUCAUUGAAAACAUAUUCAACCUGCUCUGCCUCUUCCCCAAUAACUCCUCUCACUCCUCUGGGACCCAUUAGAGCGGCCAUGAGUUUUCCAUCUUUACCUCCUCAAGCCAACCCUGGGUUAUUACGUAAUUUCCAUGCAGUUUAUAACAAUUUUGAUGUUUGUGGAGUCCUCUGCCCCCAGUCUCUGUAACUUCCUUGUAAUGUCAGGAGUCAAUUCUCCCAUAAUUAUAGCUGCCAUUUGUAAUACAUCUUCUUUGUCAGGAUCCACGUUAGCAAAUUUCCCACCUGUAUCCAUUAAUGUAUCCAUUAAUUUCCAAUUGAUGGAACUUGGAAGGAGACUUGUUCUUUUCUUGGAUUGCUUGAUACAAUUACAAAAGAAUUAUAGCCUUUGGAAUUAUAUGUUUCAUACAAAAAAAAAAUAAAGGUUAAUCUCCAAUAUCUGGUCAGAAAGUGACUGUGUCCUGGUUGUUUGUGAAAGGAAUGAGAAGGAGGUGAAUUUACAAACAAACUGUGGGCCUGCUGGUAAUAAAGCCAGAUACUGAGAACUGAAAGGAGCAAUGGAGGAACCAUAAAGUCUACAGGAAUUCCACUAAUUGACACAGAUUGUUACUCCAGGCUGUACUAAGAUCCUGGACUUAAAGAAAAAGAACAGAGACACCAGGAAGAAGAAAAGGGGGAUCAGUUACACCUUAGAAGGGGGUCUGUAUUAGGUAAUUUGGGAAGUCUGUACCUGUCAAGUACCUCAGCCGAUGGGGAAAGAGAGAGGGAAAUGCAGCCCAGAAAUUAGGAUAGAAAGGAGGCUGCAUCCUCCAACAA